UGUUUGAACCCGCUUCUUACAAUUUCUCCCACUUGGAUUAACGAUCCCUCGUUUAUUCCCACUGUUUCUUCUCCUCUCCGUCUUCGACUUUCGUCGAACAGUUGGUGUGCAAAUUCGAAGGAGAGGCUAACCAAAAGGAAUCCUUCACUAAAGAACAAGCAAACCAACAAUGUCUCUGCGACCUAGUACCCGGACCGAGGCGCGUAAGAAGUCGUACAAGACCGGUGUUGAUGCCGACGAGGCUCGGAGGAGGAGGGAGGACAAUUUGGUCGAGAUCAGGAAGAACAAGCGUGAAGAUAAUCUGUUGAAGAAGAGGAGGGAUGGACUUGGGCUCGGGCUUGUGUCCCAGUCGCAGUUGCCCGAUGGUCCACAGAAUGCAGCCGUUUUGGAGAAGAGGUUGGAAAGUAUUCCUGCGAUGGUUCAAGGAGUAUGGUCUGAUGAUUCUGCUUUACAAUUAGAGGCAACUACUCAGUUUAGAAAGCUAUUAUCAAUUGAGCGCAGCCCUCCAAUUGAUGAAGUUAUUAAGGCAGGCGUGGUGCCUCGGUUUGUUGAGUUUCUUGGAAGGAAUGAAGUGCCUCAAUUGCAAUUUGAGGCUGCAUGGGCUUUGACCAAUGUUGCAUCUGGAACAUCAGAGCAUACACGGGUUGUUAUCGAUCAUGGUGCUGUCCCCAUGUUUGUGCAACUUCUUAGUUCUGGCAGUGACGAUGUCAGAGAGCAGGCUGUAUGGGCUUUAGGUAAUGUUGCUGGUGACUCACCAAGUUGUAGGGAUCUUGUUCUUAGUCACGGGGCUCUUGUUCCUUUGUUAGCUCAAUUAAAUGAGCACUCGAAGCUAUCCAUGCUAAGGAAUGCUACGUGGACUUUAUCUAACUUCUGCCGAGGCAAGCCUCCUACACCAUUUGAUCAGGUUAAGCCUGCAUUGCCAGUUCUUCGGCAGCUUAUUUUCCUGAAUGAUGAAGAAGUUUUGACGGAUGCCUGCUGGGCUCUUUCUUAUCUCUCAGAUGGCCCCAACGACAAAAUACAGGCUGUGAUUGAAUCAGGUGUCUGUCCACGGCUUGUGGAACUUCUGAUGCAUCCAUCGCCUACAGUUCUUGUACCAGCUCUUCGGACUGUGGGUAAUAUUGUCACUGGUGAUGAUUCUCAGACUCAGUUUGUAAUUGACAAUCAAGUGCUCCCUUGCCUCUUUCAACUCCUUACACAAAACCAUAAAAAGAGCAUAAAGAAGGAAACUUGUUGGACGAUCUCAAAUAUUACUGCUGGUAAUAAAGCUCAAAUACAGGCUGUAAUUGAGGCCAAUAUCAUUCACCCGCUUGUACAUCUUCUCCAACAUUCAGAGUUCGAUAUAAAAAAGGAGGCUGCAUGGGCCAUCUCUAAUGCCACUUCUGGUGGCUCUCAUGAACAAAUCCAAUUUCUUGUUAGCCAAGGUUGCAUCGGCCCACUCUGUGAUCUCCUAAACUGUCCAGACGCAAGGAUUGUAACUGUAUGCCUUGAGGGUCUGGAGAACAUUCUGAAGGUGGGUGAGGCAGACAAAGAAAUGGGACUAAAUGGCGGAGUCAAUAUAUAUGGUCAGGCAAUUGAUGAAUGUGAAGGAUUGGAUAAAAUCGAGAAUCUUCAGAACCACGACAACCAUGAGAUUUAUGAGAAGGCUGUGAAGAUCUUGGAGAGAUAUUGGGCAGAAGAAGAAGAUGAGGAGCAAAACAUCCAGGAUAACGGAGAUGGAACUCAACAAGGUUUUCCUUUUGGAGCAAACCAGCCUACCCUACCCCCUGGUGGCUUCAAAUUUGGGUAAAAAUAGUAAAGCUGCUCUCUACCCUGCUUUUGGUCAGGAUUUAAAAAAAAAAUAUAUAUAUAUAUAUAUAUUUAUUGCUCUCUUUUCUGGGAUGAAUUACUCAUUUGAAUUUGUCAUGUCAUUGUCGGGGGCCAGAUUUUUAGCAUGGCACAUAGGCUCGUCUAUGGAACUUGUUAUAUUGAAGUCUUUAAACUUCAGUUUUGCAAUCUUGUUUCUAAAUUAAAUAGUAACCCUUUUGCCUUUUAUGUGAAGAAAGUUGGCAACUGUGUAUCUUUUUCAAAUGGUCCUAUAAUCCAUUCAAUUUGGUUGUUC